AUGUUUAAAAAACUUAAAGAAGAAAAAAAUACACUUCCAGAAUUUCAUACAGAAAUAGCUGGCUUACUAAAAGAAGGUCCAACACUCAAAGAUGUUAUUACUCUCAUAUUACAAAAUCCAGACCAAGAAAAAGAAAUUUUGACCGAAUUUAAAGUCAAAGCUGUGAGAAAUGAUGAAAUACAAGUGUUUGAUUUUGAAAAUGAAACAGACAAUGAUAAUGGGUGGCUUACUACUAAUAAGAGUAGUGAAUGGUUCAAUAUAAAAGAGUUAAUGUUUUUUAUUG